GUCCAAGGAAAAGCAAGAAUGUUGAAGGAGAUCCAAAUAGUACUCUGGUUCCUUUUUGUCUUUGUCUUUGCCCUGUUCUAUAAACUCUCCCUGAGGUCUGGCUGCAUCUUCUCAUGCAUGCCUAUUGCUGAGCAAUUCCUGAUGCAAGAGGAUGUUGUGAGCCAGAGCAGAAGCAUCAUCUUUGUGGAGACCACAGAUCGCCUUGAGCCUCCUCCACUGGUUUCAUGUUCUGUGGAGUCUGCUGCCAGGAUCUACCAUGACAGACCUGUUGUUUUCUUCAUGAAAGGGCUGAACAAUAGCACAUGGCUGGAUUCAAAUUCCACUUACACAGCCUUCUCACUUUUAUCUGCUAUGAAGAAUGUCUUCAUUUUUCCUUUCCAGAUGGAAACUUUGUUCCAGGAGACACCUCUGCUGCCAUGGUAUCACAAGGUAAAUGCAAUCCAGGAAAAACACUGGGUUCAUGUCAGCUCUGAUGCCAGCAGACUUGCACUCAUCUGGAAAUACGGUGGGACCUACAUGGACACAGAUGUCAUCUCCAUCAGGCCUAUUCCAGUGACAAACUUCCUGGCAGCCGAGGCUUCCCAGGUCUCCAGCAGUGGGAUUUUUGGCUUUCCUCACCAUCACUGGUUCAUUUGGGAUUGCAUGAAAGAUUUUGUUCGAAACUACAAUGGACGCAUUUGGGGAAACCAAGGACCCCUCUUAAUGACGAGAAGGCUGCAAGCCUUGUGCAACCUGACCAAUUUCCAUAAUGUGGAGGAUCAGAGCUGUCAGAACAUUUCCUUCUUACAUCCUCAGCGUUUCUACCCCAUCCCUUACCCAGCAUGGAGGCAGUACUACAAGGUUUGGAAGAGAAGCCCUGACUUCAACAACUCCUAUGCUUUGCACCUGUGGAACUUCAUGAACAAGGAACACAAGACUGUGGUUGCAGGAAGUAACACGUUAGUGGAAAAUCUGUACAAAACAUACUGCCCCACCACUUAUAAGGCCCUUAUUCAAGGCACAGAAGGCAGUGGUCAUAUGCAACGAAAUAAGACUGAAUGA